AUGGAAGGUGAACCAAGAUCAAGAUUCAAGAGAAUAUGUGUCUUCUGUGGAAGUAGCUCAGGGAAGAAACCAAGUUACCAAGAAGCUGCUAUUGAGCUUGGCAAAGAGCUGGUGGAAAGAAGGAUUGAUUUAGUCUAUGGAGGUGGCAGCGUGGGUCUGAUGGGUCUUGUUUCUCAGGCAGUUCAUGAUGGUGGGCGCCAUGUUCUAGGAGUUAUACCAAGGACUCUAAUGCCCAGAGAGAUAACGGGCGAGACAGUAGGUGAAGUGAAAGCAGUGGCUGAUAUGCAUGAAAGAAAAGCAGAAAUGGCUCGUCAAGCUGAUGCCUUUAUCGCACUCCCAGGUGGCUAUGGCACUCUUGAGGAACUGCUUGAAGUCAUCACAUGGGCUCAGCUGAAAAUCCACCAUAAACCCGUUGGUCUGCUGAAUGUGGAGGGUUACUAUAACUCAUUGCUGUCUUUCAUUGAUAAGGCCGUGGAUGAAGGGUUUAUCUCACCGACCGCCCGCCGGAUUAUCGUCUCAGCCCCCACUGCCAAACAAUUGGUCCGACAGCUCGAGGAAUUCGUUCCGGAGUACGACGAGAUUGCGGCAAAGUUGACGUGGGACGAAGUGGACAGACUAAGUUACGUGGCACCGGAUGCGGGAGGAGUUCCGACGUAA